UUUGAUUGUAAUUCAGACGUUUGAAGCACUUAGCUCUGGCUCUCGAAGUUCGAGCAACGUGCCAACGUCAGCGUCGCUGUUGUUUUAUCCGUGUUGCCAAAAUGCCUGACGUUGGAAAAGUCAGUGACACCCAAGAGAAAUUGCCCUGGGACCACAUUAGAAUUGGCAAUAAGUCUUACGAUGCCAACAAACUCAGUAGCUUCCAUCCCGGGGGACCACUUUUCAUUUCGGCAUUCGCCGGUCGGGAUGCCUCGCAAGCAUUUGUCUCGUAUCAUCGCAAACCAUUUCCCCAUCAGAAAGUGAAAUUUGCCUUGGAAAAGGAAGAUCAAACCAUCCCAUCACCCGACCCGCAUCUGAACGAUGAGUUUUUUGAACUUGUCAGACGGGUUGAGAAGGUCUUGCCCAGACAAAAGUCCUUUGCCACGUGGGGCUUUUAUCUGAAGGCAUUGAUCCUUUUAACCAUUUGCUUUGGGUCUGAAGCGUACAUGCAUUACACUGUCACAUAUAAAUGGUACUUGACAGGUCUAUUGGGGAUGAUGGAGGCCAUUAUGGCUUUGAACAUCACUCAUGACGCCCUCCACGGAUCACUGUCAGCCAACCCACGGGUCAAUCGAUUCUUCAGUCUGUUCCACCAUGUCUAUAGCGGAACCGUCACCACGUGGGUUCAUCAGCAUGUGGUCCAACAUCACGUUCACACGAACGAUAUCCAUCGGGACCCCGAUAUCUCGGGUCAAAGGGCCAUGCGGCUGAACCCAUUGCGGCCGUUGAAAAAGAUGCAUGCCUACCAGUACAUCUAUUUCUUUGCCUUGUUCUUUAUCUACGGUCUGACCAUCUUCAACUUCACCAUAUCGACCGUGGCCAAGGCGUUUUACUUCACCUCUUUCUCGCCCAUGCUUCAGAAGUAUCGCAUCUUUGACGCAAUCGGUUUGGCCAUCUUUCAUUUGCGAUGGACCAUCUUACCCGUGUAUCAAACCCAGAGCCUUUUAACGUUGUUCCACACUGUGCCACUAAUGAUUGGAUUUGGAACCUACAUGGCCACGUUCUUCCAUAUCAGUCACAACUUUGAAGGCGUGGAGCAAUUCGAAGAUUCCGGACCUAGAAAAUCAUGGCUCUAUCAUCAGGUUGCCAGUUCGUCGAACGUGGCUGGGACCAUUUUGUGCACAAUUAAUGGGGGUCUCAACUACCAAAUCGAGCAUCAUCUCUUUCCCAGGGUUUAUCACGGCCAUUAUCCAACAAUUGCGCCCAUUGUUCGACAAUUCUGUGAAGAGCGAUCCAUUCCCUACCGUCAUUUCCCAACUUUAUCGGAAAAUAUGCUUUCCACCGUGAAACACAUGUAUGACUUUGGCGUGAAUAAGGUCCCGGACGCGGCCAAGAACUUGAAAGGUCUUGGCUCUCAAAAGGCCAUGGGUGUCUCAUUAAGUGGUUGAAGGCUAAUAAGCUAUGAGUGAUGACUGAGGGUGCACAAUCAUUACUGAAACGUAACGUUGAAUGAUACAUGAAAUUUCAAACCAAGAUGUCUUUAUACAGUUACAAAUAAAGGGAAGGGUCUUUAAAGAGCAA